UGUCUCGCGAUCUCGGCAACUCCGCACCCUUCUAUCCCGAAAGCCCAACAAUCUGACAUCAUCGCCCAAGACGGAUAGUCAUCCUCCGAACGCUUCGCCAUCAUGUCUCGUGCAGGAACUUGGCUGAAGAUGCUGACGGUUAAUAGCGGCGUUGUUUGCUGCGUGGGAGGCCCGGCCUUCGUGCAAUACAUCCGGCCCACGGACGAAGAAUUGUUCAAGCGCUACAACCCCGACCUUCAGAAACGGAGUCUGGAAGAGGGCGACCGACGAGCACGGGAUUUCGAUGAAUACGUUACCAAGCUGAAGGAGUGGUCCAAGUCUGACAAGCAUAUUUGGAUCGCCGCUCAAGAACAACAGGAACAGAGACGCUUAGAGGCGCAAACACAAAACACGCAGGCGAAGGAAGACGCCAGGGUGCAAAGAGAAGAGAUGCGGAAGGAGCUGCUUGGUGGGAAAUAGGAGGCAAAGGGGAUAUCAGCACGGAACCAAGAUCUAUCAUGCAACCUCCGGCUCUCGGUCGUUUUUGGUGAGACCAGAAGUGCCUUCUUCUCCUCUUAUCGACAAGGUCAUGUAUUUAUACCCCAUACCAAAAAAAAAACUAUGGGGAAAGUGAAAAGCAGUCUCUCGAAUCGUUGUGGACCCGGGCGUGUGAGGAGUUACGUGGGUGAUAUUGUAUUAUAUUUCAUUUCAUUAAUGUGUGAACGACUGAAUGGAAAUCCAC